CUAAAAUUGCCUGGACCACCAGUCGACUGCUGGCCGUCGAGUAUAGUGCCGGAGUAGUGCCGGAAUCAUAGCCGCCCCAAAAUGCGUACAGCAGUGCGAAGUCUUUGCGUUAUUCUAUUGUUUCAUUUCGUAGCGUCAGCAUCGCUGAACGAUGAUUAUGACAGUGAUAAACGAUAUCACCCAAGGCUGCCGGACGAAGCGGAACCGAUCAAGGCGGCAAGAAACGUCGAACAGGAGCAAACCAUCGAGUACUGGCGCAAUCAGGCAAAGGCAACCGUGGAGAAGCAUGUAAAGCGAAAGGAAAACACCAACAUCGCCAAGAACGUCAUCAUGUUUUUGGGCGAUGGAAUGUCGAUCGCCACUGUUGCGCUGGCCCGAAUCCAUGCGGGCGGUGAGGAGAAGCCACUGUACUUCGAGGAGUUCCCGUACGUUGGCAUGGCGAAGACGUACUGCGUAGACUACCAGGUACCGGACUCGGCCUGUACGGCUACCGCCUAUCUGACCGGUGUGAAGGGCAAUAUGGAUACGAUUGGCGUGAAUGCGCACGUGCAGGUCGCUGACUGUGUGGCUGGCUUGAAUCGAUCCACGCACACAUCCUCGAUCGGCCAGUGGGCCAUUGACGCUGGAAAGGACGCGGGCAUAGUGACGACGGCACGUGUUACACACGCAUCACCGGCCGGUAUGUAUGCGCAUACGGCGUUCCGCGAUUGGGAGAAUGACAAGUACGUAAAGGAUGAUGGAUGUGAUCCGGCCCUCGUGGACGACAUUGCGGAGCAGCUGGUGUACGGUGAGACGGCACCGAAAUUGAGAGUGAUUCUGGGCGGUGGGCGUCGCGAGUUUAUGGAUCAGAAUCUGGACCAAGAUUACGAGACGGGCAAGGGAGGAUAUCGCUCGGACGGUAGGAACUUGAUCAAUGAGUGGCUUCGGAAUGGACCUGUUGGAGAGAACCGUACGUUCGUUUGGAAACGGUCGGAUCUGAUGGCGGUGGAUCCGCACCGAACGGAUCGAUUGCUUGGCAUGUUCGAGCCCGGACAUUGUGCCUACAACUUGGACAAGGUGGAGAAACAAUUGGACGAAGAACCAACGCUCGCGGAGAUGGUGGAUAAGGCGACGGACAUUCUUAGCACAAAUCCAGAUGGGUUCUUCCUGUUUGUGGAGGGAGGUCGCAUCGAUCACGCUCACCACGACAAUCGUGCAAAGUAUGCGCUGGAUGAAACGGUGGAGUUUGCGAAAGCGAUCGAGCUGGCGCGGAAGAAGUUCAGCGAAGAAGAUACACUGAUUGUGGUAACAUCGGACCAUUCGCACAGUGUCAGCUUUGCAGGAUAUGCGAGCCGCGGUAAGGACGUCUACAGUACGGCCGGCACGGGCAAAGAUGGUCUCCCUUACAUGACGAUCAGCUACGCCAAUGGACCGGGCUACAAGAAGCAUGUGGAUACCGAUGCCGGUGUUAGGCUGGAUGUUCGGCAGAUGGACACUUCCAAGUCGAACUUUGUCUUCCCGGCCAUGCUGCCGAAGGACUCGGAGACGCACGGUGGCGAAGAUGUGGCCGUGUACGCGUCCGGUCCGUGGUCUCAUCUGUUCACGGGAUCUUACGAGCAGAACGUUCUACCGCACAUGAUGGCGUACGCAUCGUGCAUCGGUCGUGGCAUGAAGGCAUGCGAUUGAGCGGCAGAGUGUGUUGAGUUGUGAAAUGUAUAUAGUUUACUUGCUACAGCUAAUGUUCGAAUAGUUUCGCCAGGAAACAAUGCAAGAAAUACUCUUAAUGUAAUGAGUAUUAUUAUCGUUUGCUACACGUGCGAAGGCUUCGUUUGCGGAAGCGUUGCAACCCAGCAGCACGUGUUGAAGUGUUCCACGCGGUCGCUUUAUUCUUCCGACCCAGUACAAUGGUGAUUGUUGGUGUAGAAAUAUCACCAGAAAAGCAAGAAGUAGAAUAAUCUAUACCCAAAUUUUUAUCAUCCCAUGUUACAAGCAAUAAAAAUCAAAAUGUUUAUCAA